UCCCCGAGCGGUGCGCCAUGGCCGUGAGUCUCGUGGGUGCGCUGACCAUCAUCCUAUACUACAUCGCCGUCGUCACCGUUGGGGUCUGGGCCGGUCGCAAGGUCCUGCGUUCUGAGAGCCCGCUCAGCCAGAGUGUGAAGGAAGGGUCGCCAGGCAGCAGGCCAUUCAAGUCAUCCACGAUGUUCCGAACGCCCAUCGACAACGACAACGGGUACCUGCUGCGCCUGUUUCUCGCCAACAGGAGCGUGCCGCUGACGUUGAGCUUCCUCUCCAUGACAGCAACUUGGGUAGGAGGAGGCUACCUCAACGGGACCGCCGAGGCCGUGUUCAAUUACGGCAUCGUAUGGUGUCACGCUCCGAUCGGCUACGCACUCAGCCUCGUAAUAGGCGGCCGGUUCUUCGCGGGCAAGAUGCGCGUGACGAAGGCGCUCACAAUGUUCGACCCGUUCCAGCAGCACUACGGCCGCUGGAUCGCCGUCCCCCUCUGCCUACCCGCCCUCUGCGGAGAAGUAUUUUGGACGGCCGCCAUUCUGGCCGCAUUGGGCGACACGGUGGCGGCGAUAACGCGCGUCGACUCUUCGUCCGUCAUCAUGUUGUCCUCCGCCAUCAUCCUCUUCUACACAUCGCUGGGAGGCCUGUACUCGGUGAUCUACACGGAUGCAUUCCAGGUGGUGAGCACCGUCUUCGGUCUGUGGGUGAGCGUGUUCUUCGUCUUGGGAAGCAACACCGUGGGGACUAUCGGCCCGCCGCACAGCGAGUGGCUCGGUUCGAUUGACACGACAGAUGUGAGCCAGAUUGUCGACCAGCUCUUGAUGGUCGUCUUCGGCGGCAUCCCUUGGCAGGUGUACUUCCAACGCGUGCUCUGCAGCGAGACCGUGUUCACCGCCAAGAUGCUCUCGUACCUGGCGGCGGCAGGCUGCUGCUUCCUGGCCAUCCCGCCGAUCAUCAUCGGGGCUCUGGCCAAGAGUUGCAAUUUCACGGCGGCGGGCUACCAGGGCCCGUUCAACCUGGCGGAGGAAGAGCGCCCCAAGGUGCUGCCUCAUGCGCUGCACCACAUGACGCCCAGCUUCGUGGCCGUGCUGGGCCAGCUCGCCAUCACGGCCGCCGUCAUGUCAUCCGUCGACUCGUCGAUGCUCAGCGCCUCGCAGCUCAUCACGAGAAACAUCUACCACGUCAUUCUGAGGCCCUCGGCCACGGACCUGGAAAUGUGCGUGGUGCUUCGCUGCAUGAUCUGCUUGGUAGGCGUGGUGGCAACGUCCAUGGCCCUCAGGGUGAGCUCGGUACUCUCCCUGUGGACGCUAUCGUCGGAUCUGGUUUACGUGCUGCUCUUCCCGCAGUUUGUCGCCUUAUUCUUUCUGCGUCACAGGGUCAACGCCUAUGGAUCGGCCCUCGGCUUCUUCGCCGGCCUCGUGCUGCGGUUCCUGUGCGGCGAGCCGGCGUUCGGCCUGCCGGCGCUCCUGCAGCUGCCCCUGUACGACAGCGAGCGCGGCCAGCAGUUCCCGUUCCGCACGCUCUGCAUGAUGCUCAGCCUGAGCGGCCAGCUGCUGGGAUCGGCGGCGACCGCGGCCUUCUUCCGGGUCGGCCAUUUCCGCGACUACUGGCACUGCUUCGAAGGGGUCGCGGGGCAGUCGACAGACGCGGGUGCCGCCGCCGCCGCCCCCGUGCCCUCCUGCACGUCUUUCGUUCCUUUGUUGAAGCCCGACGAUCCUCCCGAUGACCGGCACCACGAGGCAGCCGGCGCCGCUCCGCACAAUAAAGCGCAUCAACAGCAACAUCACCAUCUUCCCCACCACGAACCCCCAGAAGCGGCGGCUGUUGGAACGGCGGCGGCUGCUGGCUCGGCGCCGGCUUCUGGCACAGCGAUGACAACCGGCGCUAGUGAAUCCGACGGCGGGGAAGAAAAAGCGCGCCGGCGAUCCUCCUCCAAGCCGUCCGAGGCUGGCUCGCCGCCCAAAAAGGCCAAGCGCAGGCGGACGAGCGGCGGCGCCGAUAGCAAGCCCCAGGGACCUCAGGGGUCCCACGGGUCUCAUAAGCGAAAGAAGUGAUCGUGUUCGCGGGGGGUGCUUCCUCGGCCGGCGCCACGUUAGAACUCGCCGCCAUAUUGUGCACUCGAGUUUCUAUUUUUAUUCUUCUUAUAUAUUCCCCACGUGCACUUUUUUUUUUCAUCAAUAAUGAGCGUGAAUUUGUACCGCGAAAUACAAAAGUUGCGUUUCGUCUUA